AUGCCCGCUCCUCUUCACGCUCGUCCUCAUCCUUCUUUCCCCCAAGGGCAAGAGGGGCCGGCCUCAGGGGUCCAAGGUCCGCGAGUCCAGGUAUCUCAUGAGGAUGAGGACGCUAUUGCCCAUAUUCAUCGUACCCUGACCAAAAAGAGCCACGGAGCCAGCCAUCAAUAUUCAGAACCUCACUCGUCAUUUGACAGAUUCUUAGAAGAACAGGUUCAAAACGGAAAGAAACAGGUCAAUAUUGGAGUGUCCUUCCAAUCCGUCUCCACUUGGGGCGAAGGUAGUGGCCAUGAUGAGGUGAAGACGUUGGGAACAGCCUUGUGGCGUACCCUCACGUUGCAGGAUAUCUAUGAAUGGACCAUCCAGCCCUGGCGAACGACGAAGAAACCCCAAGAGGGUCGUCCUUUGAUCAGGGACUUCUCGGGGGUGGUAGAGAGUGGAGAAAUGAUGCUGGUUCUGGGACGCCCAGGAGCUGGCUGUUCAUCAUUCCUUCGAACUAUCGCAGGACAUCAUUCAUCUUUCCUAGGGGUGACAGGCUCCAUAGACUACUCUGGACUCAGCCCCGAAGAGAUUCGCAAGCACUAUCGCAGUAUGGUCGCGUAUGUGCCUGAGGAUGAUGUUCAUUUCCCUACCUUGACUGUGCGACAGACCUUGGAAUUUGCUUUGCAGAGCAAGACCCCCAAGCGCUUUCAAGAACGAAUUCCGCGCUAUUUGGAGAUUUAUGGUCGAGUUUUUGGUAUGACCCAUACAAUGAACACUCUCGUUGGUAACGAGUACAUCCGGGGUGUUUCGGGUGGCGAGCGCAAGCGUAUCUCGAUCAUCGAGUCACUCGCUACCGAUUCGUCGGUAACGUGUUGGGAUAACUCCACUCGAGGACUGGAUGCCUCUUCUGCUCUGGAUUAUGCCCGUAGUCUGCGCAUCAUGACGGAUACUUGUGGAAAAGCGACACUACUUACGCUUUACCAAGCUUCUGACGCCACUUACGAGCUGAUGGACAAGGUACUUCUCAUCGAUGAGGGACGGAUGCUCUUUCAAGGCCCGGCACACGAAGCUAAGCGGUACUUUGAAGACCUGGGAUACGAGUGUGCCCAUAUGCAGACCACUUCCGACUUCCUCACCAGUAUCACGGUACCGGAGAGACGCAGGUUUCGUCCGGGAUGGGAGAACCGGGCUCCCAAGGGGCCCAUUGAGCUGGAGGCGGCGUUCCGACAGAGCUUAGCCUUCAAAAAUAUCGAGAAUUCCCUCGAGCGAUACGAGGAGCAACGCACUGGCAAGUCCUCCGCAACCAGCCAGUGCGGAUCGGAGUGUGACAGCGUGGAGGAAAUCAAGCGGACCAUACAGAGUGACAAGUCCCGCUUUGUGUCGUCCAAGUCACCGUAUACCAUCUCGCUAUUUCGUCAGAUUGUGCUCUGUAGCCAGCGGCAGAUGUGGCAGCUAAAGGGUCACAUGGGACCGUUGUACAUCAAGUUGAUCUCUGCCGUGGUCUAUGGAUUAUUGGUGGGAUCCAUGUUUUAUGAUCAACCCCAAACUACUGAAGGAAUGUACUCGCGAGGAGGUGUGUUGUUUUACUCGUCAAUUCUGCUUGCCUGGUUGCAGAUGUCGGAACUGGAAGAUGCCAUGCAGGGACGUGAUAUCCUCAGCCGCCAGAAAAAGUUCGCAUUUGUGCGCCCCAGUGCAGUCUGUUUGGCUCAAGGUCUACAGGAUAUGGUGGUGAGCGCACUUCUCACCUUUCUGUACCUGAUCGUCCUCUACUUUCUGUCUGGUCUCCGCUCAGAGGCCGGUCCAUUCUUCAUUGAUUUUCUGUUUAUCUAUUUGUGCACCAUCUGCCUGACAUCGCAGUUCCGUGUGUUUGCUGCGGCAUCCAAUAACUUUGAAGUUGCAUUACGCUAUUGCGGUGUAUCUGUGCUUUUCUGUAUCGUAUUCGGUGGCUACGUUCUCUCCGUCGACAAGAUGAUUCAAGAUGUCCCUUGGGUGGGAUGGCUUGCAUAUACCACCCCGGCUUUGUAUACAUACGAGGCGCUCAUGGCAGCCGAGUUCCACAACAUGAAUUUCACCUGUGCCUCUGGAUCGGUUGUUCCAUCGGGACCCGAUUAUACCGACGUCGCAUAUCAAACAUGCGCGUAUGCUGGCAGCCGGAUUGGCAGCACGGUGGUAAAUGGCGAUGACUACCUGGCUGCCCAGUUUGGAUUUUACUACAGCCACGUGUGGCGGAACUUUGGCAUCCUUUGUCUCUUCACAAUCGCGUUUGUGACCCUCACUUGCUGGCUAAAUGAAACUCUGGAGUGGGAGCUGGACAGCGCUGGGCCAAUACAAUACGCAUCUUCUGGUUGGUUCCAACGCAAGAACAGAAUAAACCAGGAGACCGACGAGGAAAAAGCCCCAGUUCCCCGGGACCCCAAGGCUACUCCAGUCGCAUACAUGGAAAGGAAAUCUGGGCAGACGUUGGCUGCCACAGAAUCUAUGUUCACUUGGGCUGACUUGGAACUCAACGUCCAAAUUGGCAAAGAAUCUCGAAAAUUAUUGGACGGAGUCUGCGGCUACUGUAAGCCAGGGACUCUGACAGCUCUCGUCGGAGCAUCGGGUGCUGGAAAGUCGACACUCCUGACUGCGCUUACACAACGUCAAAGUGCUGGUACUCUAACCGGAUCUCUCUAUGUAGAUGACCAUCCCAUCGAUGGAUCCUUCAACCGACAGAUUGGCUACUGCCAACAAAUGGACAUUCACGACGAAAGCAGUACUAUUCGCGAGGCCUUUGAAUUCUCAGCUUUGCUUCGCCAAAGCCGAGAGACCCCGAAGGAAGAGAAAGUCGCCUACGUCGAGACUGUGCUGCAAACACUGGAUCUGGUAGACCUGCAGAGUGCCGUGAUCGGAUCCUUGGAUAUCGAGAAGAAGAAGCGUGUCACAAUUGGAGUUGAGCUCUGUGCCCGACCAAGACUACUUUUAUUCCUCGAUGAACCGACAAGCGGAUUGGAUAGUCAGGGUGCAACUAGUAUUGUGGGAUUGCUCAGACGUUUGGCAGACCAAGGACUUGCGGUUCUUUGCACCAUCCACCAGGCUAACCAGCAACAAUUCGAGGAGUUUGAUCGAGUUCUCGCCCUGAGCCCUGGUGGAAGUACGUAUUACUUUGGGCCCGUAGGCGAAUCGGGCAAAGCGAUUUUUGAUUAUUUUACGAAACACGGAAUCAACCCAGAGAAUAUCACCAACGCUGCCGAUUUUCUUAUCGAGAUUGCAGUUGGUGGUAUGAAAACCUCUGGCGUCAGCUGGGCUUCCAUCUGGCGCAGUUCUCCAGAGGCCGAGGACGUUCGAAAGACAAUUUCUGGAAUUCGCCAAGAGCACCACCACGCCGCUCUAACCGCACCCUCCCCACCUGCUAUUUACCAACAGACCGCUCUUCUUACCCAGCGGACGUGUCGUCAGUUCUGGAGAACGGCGGAAUACCCAUACUCGCGUCUCUACUCGUCCUUCCUCCAUGCUCUCAUCAACGGUCUUACGUAUCUCCAGAUUGGAGAUAGUGCCACGGACCUCCAGUCCAAGGCUUUCUCCUGCUUUUUGGUUCUGAUGCUGGUGCCCGAGUUCAUCAACGCCAUCUCCAUGCGCUUCAUCAUGAACCGUGAUAUUUGGCUUGCCCGAGAAGGGCCAAGUGGAGUGUAUAGUUGGGUUGCCUUUAGCACAGCCCAGAUCCUGUCCGAAAUCCCGUAUGCCAUUAUCGGAGCAGUCAUUUUCUACAUCUUGUAUUACUUUAUGGUCGGAUUGCCUUUGGGUUUCGCGGCAGGAUACAGUUUCCUGAUGUUUUUCUUGUUUUUCCUAUUUGCCACGUCCUGGGGACAGUGGAUUGCUGCUUUGAGCUCUGACUCGAUGGUGGCGGCGACUUUGAUGCCGUUCUUUAUUAUCAUGUGUGAGCUUUUCAACGGAAUCUUGCGUCCUCAUGACCAGAUGCCUGCUUUCUGGAAGUAUACUGCGUACUAUACCACACCAUUUACCUAUUGGAUUGGUGGAGUUCUUACGGCGGUUCUUGGUGGUACAUCGGUGGUCUGCGACGAGAGCGAGCUGACGCUGUUUGCGAGCCCGCCAAACAUGACCUGUGGCGAGUAUGCCGGAUCCUGGCUCGCCGAGAAAGGCGUUGGUUACCUGUUCGACCCGGAGAGCACCGGGACCUGUGGGUACUGCGAGUAUAGCCGGGGUGAUGACUAUCUAUCCGGCAUUGGUCUGGAUGACUCGAAGAUGUGGCCUUAUUUCGGCAUAUUUCUCGGCUUCACGAUCGCAAACUACUUCAUGGUCUACCUUCUUGUAUAUGUGCGAUCCGUCAUGAAGCCAUUUUGGAAGUCUGGAUGA